AUGGAGUCUCCGUCUAAAUGGGUGACGGCCUGGGCACCAACGCCUCAGCCUACUGAGGAGGUAGAUAUGCCACCACAUCCAUUCACGCAGCGCGGGGUUGCUUUUCAGAAUACCACCAUUCGACAGACAUUGAGAGUGACGGCCGGCGGUGACUAUGUCCGGAUUCGCCUGUCCAACCAGUUUGGAUUCGAGACAUUGCACAUCUCAAGAGCUGUGAUUGCUGUUCCUCGACCAUACAACUCAGUCGCUCCUAGUGGCUCUCCUUCGAUCUUCAAGGAUACAGCACAGCAGGUUCUGUUUGACGGCGAACAGCCGGCUUUAGUACCAGGAGGCUCCCACGUGGUUUCAGACAGCCUCAAGUUCCCAAUCAAAGCGGGGCAGAUUCUUUCAAUUACCAUCUUUCUCAAGAAUGGCCAAAAUUCUCAACAGAUCACCUCCCAUCCAGGCAGUCGCACAGACUCCUGGCUUUGUUAUGGCGACCAGUCGAUGGCAUCUGAACUCUCCGGGCCUGAUCUACAAGCUUCAACACAUUGGUAUUUCCUCUCUGGAGUCGAAAUACGUGUCGAUGCUGCUCACCACGGAACCCUGGUUCUCCUGGGCGACAGUAUAACUGACGGGCGCUGCAGCACAGAUAAUGCAAACAAUCGCUGGCCAGAUCUUCUGUUUGACCGCAUGCAGCAGCAUCCAUUCGCACAGAAUAUGUCCAUCAUCAACCAGGCCGUAGGUGGUGGGAGGAUUCUACGAGAUGGAAAAGGACCAAGUCUUUUGAGCCGUCUAGAUCGCGACACUAUUGCUCAGCCAGGCCGACGUUACAUCCUGGUUUUUCAUGGAGUGAAUGACCUGGGCACGGCAGAUUCUGACCCAGUAUCGCUUCAAGAGGUCACAAAAGCUCUUAUGAAGGCAUAUCGCCAGAUUGUCUCGCGUUGCCAUGCACACGGUUUACAUGUUUUGGGUGCCACUAUUGGUCCUAUGGGUGGUAACGAACCUUACGGAACCUGCGAAUUGCGUGAAAGGGCGCGCCAGGAGUUGAACGAUUGGAUUCGGAAGUCUUGCGUAUUUGAUGCCCUGGUAGACUUUGACUAUGUUUUGCGAUCUACCAAGGAUAAUAGUCGAUUGAAGGAGGAGUAUGAUUCUGGAGACCAUUUACACCCAAACAUUGUAGCGUUCGAAGCAAUGGCAGGUGCAUUUCCAUUGGAUGUAUUUAAGCAAUUCGAAUCAUAG